GAGGAGUUCCCGUUUAAUCCCACGAUAAAACAAAACACGGGAUGCUGCAGUUUAGAUCUGUUCUACAUAGUCACUCACAUCCCCUUUAUUAAUUUGAAUCAAUAUUGAUCUGCUGCACACCAACAACAUGUCUUUCUGUCGAUUCUUUGGCGGGGAGACCUACAAGGAUCAUUUUAAACCAGGUAUGUACGUGUGCUCUAAUUGUAACCAUCCACUGUUCUCGAGUCGCUCCAAGUUUGCUCACUCAUCACCGUGGCCCGCUUUCACCGAGACCAUCAGAGAGGACAGCGUGACCAAACUGAUGGAGAGCCUCACAGCUUUCAAGGUUCUAUGCGGCAAAUGCGGCAACGGGCUGGGUCACGAGUUUGUAAACGACGGGCCGGAAGAGGGGGUGUCCCGAUUUUGAAUAUUCAGCCACUCUCUCAAGUUUGUCCCCAAUAAAGGCAAGGACAAAUAUUAAAGAGCGAGUUUUCUCUGUCGUACCUGGCCAGUAUGAGCAUGUGACGCAGCCAGGAGAAAGUCCCGAGAAGGACAUCCUGUCUGCUGAAGUAUCUCAGACCAACCACUUACACACAACAUGGAUGCUGGACCACAUCAAAAUACUGCUUUAGCAAAACACUGUACCUCAUAUUUAAUCAUAGUUAUACACCACUUAAGGUUGAAGGUCAACAAAUGUUUCACAUGAUCUAUGCACUCUAUUUGGUUUUAAGUCCUAUGCACAGUUUUUUUUUUUUUUUAGAUACAUUUUUUGCCAUUGUCAUGUGAAGUACAGAACACUUCAUAACCAACUUUUGCAAUUGCAUCUGUAAUUUGAGUGCCGUUUGCCCGGUUGUCCUCUAGAGGAAGCUAUCCCUCCUUCAUUAGCUUGAGGCUAACCUGAUUCAAAAGUGUCCUUGUACGAAACACGCUACUUACGCACUUCAUCUGCCGCCCAUGUCUAUGUGAUUGAAUGUGAACGUUGGGUUGCAUGAGUGGCGCUUUCUGGCUCAGCUGCAGGCCGCAUUCCUUGCGGUGGUGGCUUGGCAAAAGUCGCGGCGGUUUUGAGGAGUAGCCGGGCCGCCUGGUUUGAGAGGAAAGGCUGUCAUUAGACAAGCAACACACACACGGUCAUAGAAGAGUGUUUGGCAGACAACACAUGGCUGUAUUCUUGGAUAUGGCACACGAGAGCUACUACUUUGAACUUUUGUUGAUAUAUUCACUGGUGUCACGCUUUCUCUUGCCUUGUUCGAGCUCUUGUUCCCUCGUCGACUCCAAACGGGCACAAAUAAGAACUUCAAUGAGUGUGUACAGUAAAGUCAGCAGGCCAAGGUAUUCCAAUGAAUUACAGCCUCGGUGUGGCUCAGUGAGUCCACUCGUGGGUUAUUAUAGUUUCACAUGGUUGCUUUGUGGCAGUGCAGUAUUUAUAAUACAUUCACUGAAAAUAAAUUUGCAACCAUUUAAUAUGUCUUCAAGGGUUCUCAUUACCAUAACGUGUUUUCAAAAAAACAGUUUGAUUUGGACGUAAAAGAAAAAAAAAGAUGAUUUUUUUUGGGCCUUCAGCAUUUGUAAUACACAAUGUAAGAUCCAGAUCAGAUUAAAGAUUACUUAAAAUGAUCUCGCUCAGCCUCCAAGGCAAAAGCAGGUGUUGUGUAUGACAUCAUUGUUUUUAGAUUGCGGUGCCAACACACACAUACCAUUUUUGUUUUGUGACUGCGCUUGCAAUUGUUGAACUGGAACGACAUUUUUUUGUGUGGUUUACCGUCUGACAGAACACCCCGGAAAAAAAAAAAAAAACAUCCGAAAAGUCUGAGACAAAAUGUGGUUUGGUUGCGAUAUUUGCGUGAGUGUAUGUCCCUUAUCCUCACAGCACACACAAAAGAAAGAAAAUCAUUUGAUGAUGUAAGUUUAA